CCCCCCCCCCCCCGCCAUGGCGGCUGCGGGGGGCGGGGCCUGCCCAGGGGGCGGGGCCUCUCUGGAGGAGGAGUGCGAGGUGGUGCGCGUGCGCGUCACGAAAAGCGAGGGGCUGCUGCCCUCCGAGUUCCGCUCCUUCGCCGUCGACCCGCAGAUCACCUCGCUCGACGUGCUGCAACACAUCCUGGCUCGCGCCUUCGAUCUCCAGGGGAAGAAAAACUUCUCUGUCAGCUUCGCCGCCCGCGAUUCCCAGGGCCAGGAAACCUUCGUGCCGCUGCUGAGCGACGGGGAUCUGGCGGCUGCCUUUGCCUGCGCCCGGCCCGCCCUGCGCCUGCGCCUCGAUGUCCGGCCCCCCGCUGAAAGCCCGGUGCUGGAGGACUGGGACAUCAUCAGCCCCCGGGAGGUGGCAGCGGUGGAGCCCCUCCCCGAGCGCCGCUCGCUCCUGGCCGCGGCGUUGCCCUUCACCCAGGCCCUGCUGGCACAGGUGGGCCGGACGCUGGCCCGGGCGCAGGCAGCCCUGGCUUGGCCUGAGGGGUCCCCUCCCUCGCCCCCCACGCCCCCACCCCCCUGCGCCCCCCUGAGCGACGCCGACCUCCGCACCUACUUGGGCCCCGGCGGGCGGCUGCUGCGGCCCCACGACCUGCGCCUCCACGUCUACCACGGCGGCGUCGAGCCCGGUCUGCGCAAGGUGGUCUGGCGGUACCUGCUGAACGUCUUCCCGGCAGGGCUGUCGGGGCAGGAGCGGCUGGCUCACCUGCGACGUAAGGCGGGCGAGUACGCGGCGCUGAAGGCUCUGUUGGCCGCCCGGGCGGCCCCGGCCGAGCUGGCGUUCGUGGCGGCGGCCGUGCGCAAGGACGUGGUGCGCACCGACCGGGGACACCCCUAUUUCGGGGGUCCCGAGGAAGGGCAUCCCCACUUGGCCGCCUUGCAGGCGCUGCUCACCACUUUCGCCCUGGGCCACCCGCGCCUCUCUUACUGCCAAGGCAUGUCGGACGUGGCCGCCCCGCUGCUGGCCGUGCUGGACGACGAGGCCCAGGCCUUUCUCUGCUUCUGCGCCCUCAUGCGCCGCCUCGCACCCCGUUUCCGUCCCGGCGGCCGGGGGCUUGCCCGAGCCUUCGCCCACCUCCGGCGUCUCCUGCGCCGUACCGACCCCCCUUUCUGGGCUUUCCUGGCCGCCCGCGGCGCCCACGACCUGCUCUUCUGCUACCGCUGGCUGCUGCUGGAGCUCAAGCGGGAGUUUGCCUUCGAGGACGCUCUGCGGGUGCUGGAGAUCACCUGGAGCUCGCUGCCUCCCACCCCGCCGCCCCCGCCGGACGGCGUCCCGCUCCUCGGUGCCCCCCUGGGACCCCGUCGGGCCCGACGAGGGCUGCGCGAGCGGCGCGGGUUGCGGCCCCGGCCCCCGCGCUGGCGGCGGCGACGGCAGCGGGGGGAGAGCGUGGCAACCGCGGAGGCCGCUGACAGUCGAGGCGGCCACGAGGCCUGCGGGGAUGGCCAGGAGGGGCCCAGGAGCUCCGGCGACAUCCGAGAUGGUCCCAAAGCUUCUGCAGGCGUCCUGGAGGUUCCCUUCGGUUCUGGCGACGACCGAGAGAAAACAAAGAGUUCUGGCGAUGUCCAGGAGGAUCUCGAGAGCUCCAGGAACGUCCGUGAGGGUCCCAAGAGCUUUAGGGAUUGCCAGGAGGAUCUCGAGAGCGUCCAGGGUGGUUCCAAGAGCUCUGGGGGCGACCACAAGAAGCCUGAGGUCUUUGGGGACGUCCAACCUAGUCCUGACGGUUGCUGGAACGACCGAGAAGAUCCAAAGAUCCCCCGCGACGUCCGCGGCGGUGCCAAGGCCUCUGGAUACGGCCAGGGCAGCUUUAAGGCCUCUGGGGAGGUCCGAGGUGGUGCUGAGGUCCCCAGGGGUAUCCGAGAGGACCCCGAAGUCUCCAGUGACGGUGGCCGGGACCCUGACGGCCCCAAGGACGUUGGAGAAGACCUUGACGCCUCUAAGGAGGUUGAGCGAGAGCGCGGCGUUUCCGAGAAGGUCAACAAAGGCGCCAGGGCUCCGAAAGACGUGGGCCAACAACCAAACGCCUACGCGGUGGUUUGCGGAGACCCCGACGUCUCCAAGACGGUUGGCGAAGGUCGGGGUACGUCCAAGAAGGCGCACGAAGACCCGAACGUCCUGGCAAAGGCGGGCGACGACCGCGGCGUUUCCAAGAGGAUCGGGGGAGACCCUGACGCGCCCAAAGAGAUUGGCGAGGGCCCCGUCGUGAUCGGCGAAGACCCCGAGGUCCCCAAAGAGGUUGGAGACUCCCCCAGCUCCCCCAGAGAGGUUGGUGAAGACCCCAAAGAGGUACGUGAUGGCCCCGAGGACCCCUGGGGUGGCGGUUGGGCCUGGGAGGACUCGUGCUCCUCUUCCUCCUCCUCCUCCUCCUCAUCCUCAUCCUCGGAGGAGGAGGAGGUGGGUCUGGAGGACGACGGGGCGCCCCUGCCGCCGCCGGAGGAGCUGGGGCAGGGGAACCCCUUCCUCCUCUUCCUCUGCCUGGCCAUGCUGCUGGAGCAGCGGGACGCCGUCAUGGCGCGGGCCGGGGACUACAACGAGGUGGCCAUGCACUUCGACCGCCUGGUACGACGUCACCACCUGCCCCGCGUCCUGCACCGCGCCAAGGGGCUCUUCGCCCGUUACCUGGAGGGCUGGGGGGGGGCGCCCCCGGGGGGACCCGCCACGGGUUAGGGGUACCGGAGGGGGCUUGGGGGUGGCCCUGGGGCCCUGCCAGGACCCCGCGGGGAUGUGGGGGACCCCAUGGAUGCCGCGGGGGGACCUGUAGGUCCUCUUCCGGGACCCUGAGGCCACCGCGGGAAGCCCUGGGUCAGCGUGGGGACCCACGGGACGACACGGGGACCCCAUAGACAUCCCACGGGGACCUGCAGAGCCUCUUUGGGGACCCCCAGGUAGUCUUGGGGACCCCCAGAACAACGUAGGGUCCUCAUAGACAGUAUGUGGGGACCUGUAGGUCCUCUUUGGGGCCCCCCAGGUAGACUUGGGGACACGUAGGACAACGUGGGGAUCCCACGGACAUCCCAUGGGGACCUGUAGGUCCUCUUUGGGGACCCCUAGGUAAACUUGGGGACCCACAGAAUAAUGUGGGAUCCCCAUAGACACUACAGGGGGACCUGUAGGUCCUUUUUGGGGACCCCCAAGUAGACCUGGGGACACGUAGGACAACGCGGGGAUCCCAUAGACACUACGCGAGGACCUGCAGGUCCUCUUUGGGGACCCCCAGAUAGAUUUGGGGACCCCCAGAACAAUGUGGGGUC